AUGAGUUCUGAGGGGCUUCUCGGGUUCAAUCUGGAAGAGACCACCUGGCCGAAGAAGGAAUUCUGGACUGAGGUGGUGAAAGAGGACCUGAGGAGACUCGGCGUGAAUAUGCUGUUCAGGCGAGACGUAAGUUUUUGCGGGAUAAGGAAUAGCGAUGAAUGGAUUAAUGCUGUGGAAGCUCUUCCAGAAAAUCGAGAACAUUGGGCAGUCAAAGAGAAAUACCAUAACAGUAUAAGAGUAGAAGGUCUCGCAGUUGUUCUACUGGAUUUUUAA